AUACGCUAAAUAUCACAUAAAACAAUCUAUUCGCAAAUGCAAAAAAUGUAUGCAAAUCAAUGGGGAAAUUACGCAUAAGAGAAGCACAACUACACAUACAAGCACACACACACACACACCACAAUGGACGGCCUGCAAGCGGGCGAUGCGUGUGUGGAAUGCCUGAGUCAGGGCCUGAAUCACAAGCUGCGCUACUUUUACCUGAAUCUCGAGGAGCAGCUGCUUAAAUGUGAAUCCCGCACCUGCCUUUGGCCGCACAACGAUGCCGUCUCCUCCUCCUCCUGCUCCGAUGUGGAGGAUGGCGAGACGCAAUCACAGUCCACGCAUGUGGAUGAUGAUGAAUUUAUUAAGCAGCUGCUCGAACAGCUGGCAACGAGCAAUGAUUCCACAAUGGAAACAAGUGAAACCAAUCCGAACAGCUGUGAUUCCAGUUUGAAGAACAUUGAGGAUAUUCUCUCCAUGCCUAAUCACUGGCAAAGUGCACAGCAGCUGCUCUGCAGUGCAAAUGCCAAUAGUUCAAACACCUUUAAUCUCGAGCAAUGUGAUAAGCUUUCACCUGUUGCAGCAGCCACAACAACAACAACAACAACGGCACAGUCUAUGCCUGAUUUGCUAACGGAACCUGCUUGCAUAACGGAACUAUUAAGCUCGCCUGCCAAUGAGCCUGCUCCAGCUUCCAGCUCCCAGCCCGAACCAGCCUUUGAACUGAGUGCCAAAGCUGGCAAUAUUGUCUACACGAUCUCCAUAGCGCAAUCCAUGCCCAAACCCAAGAGCCCAACGCCUAAGCGGAGUUUCUUCCAGACGCCGCCGAGAAAGGCCUCCACACAGGUGCGCAAAAACCAGGAGCAUCAGCCGCAGGCCGCGUCCAGCACUGCUGCAACGGCGCCCACACAGACCGCGAGCCUGUUUCUGGACGCACUGAAGCGUCCAACAACGCUGACGAUGGCAACGCGGCGUCCACCACGCGGCAGGAAUGCCAAGCGUCGCGAAAAUGCGCCCUCUGGCGGCGCACGUUGGCGCAUACAAGAUGUGAAGCAGACGCUGGAGCGCAUCGAGGCGGUCAGCAGGCAGAAGGAGAGCAAAACAGAAAGUGAAUCGGAACUGGAACCGGAACUGGAGCAGCAAGCAAAAGCCAAAGAAAACGCAUAGCAAAUUCAUUGAGCAAAGCGAAAAAAAAAAAAACAAAUUUGGCAUUUUUGUUGUCUUUCGAAAUAAAUUCGCCCACGAAAAAUUUGCAUGUGUAUCCGCCAUUUACAAACAAAUUCCGAUUAUUUAUAAACAUUGAGAAUUUUGACGGUCACUGCUUUAUUUAUGCGCGGCACGCGUCCAGCGCAUGUUGAGCAAUGUUCGAUUUGGAGAUCUGCAGAUAGCGCUCCCACAAAUGCUGCGAAUCAAGAAAGCAAAAGAGAAGGAAAGCAGGUCAAACCAAGUGCGUCACAAGAUGCAAGGCGCCGAGAGUCGCAACGAGACGAGCCGCUGAUAAGUUCCAAACAUGAACGCACAGUGGUGUCAAGUCUGCCGGAAAGGCAACCAAAUUGCCAAAUACAAAUUCGCGAACAUUUUCAACACUUGACACAGUCUAAAAAUACUUAAGGAAUCUAUAAAUAAGAGACGUCAACAGAUAGGUGGGCAACGCGAAUAGAGAGAGAGAGAGAAAA